CGCCGGGAAGAGCCGGGGGAGGAGGCAGCGCCGGAGUCAGGGAUUCUGUCUGUGGUGCCCACCGAGCGCUGGACCAGCGGCGGUCCUGUGCACCUGGCCUGCGCUCGCGCGCGCUGCUCCGGGUCCCCCAGGCCCAGGCGCCGGCGGCUGCGGGAGGCCAGUGGGGUGUGCGGAGGGAGGCCAGGAGGGCGCGGGCGCCCUGUGCACGAAGCAGGCGUGAGGCGGCCGGGGGCCGGGACGCCAUGUCGAUGGAGGACCCCUUCUUUGUGGUGAAAGGGGAGGUACAGAAAGCAGUCAACACUGCCCAGGGGUUGUUUCAGAGAUGGACAGAGCUCCUCCAGGACCCCUCCACGGCCACGAGGGAAGAAAUCGACUGGACCACCAACGAGCUGAGAAACAACCUCCGCAGCAUAGAGUGGGAUCUAGAGGACCUUGAUGAAACCAUCAGCAUAGUUGAAGCAAAUCCUAGAAAAUUCAAUCUCGAUGCAACCGAGUUGAGUAUAAGAAAAGCCUUCAUCACAAGUACUCGGCAAGUUGUCAGGGACAUGAAGGAUCAGAUGUCAACUUCAUCUGUGCAGGCAUUAGCUGAAAGAAAAAAUAGACAGGCGCUUCUAGGAGACAGUGGCGGCCAGACCUGGAGCACUGGGAUGACAGAUAAAUAUGGGCACCUCGACCGCGAGCUCCAGUUAGCCAACUCCCAUUUCAUCGAGGAGCAGCAGGCACAGCAACAGUUGAUCGUGGAACAGCAGGAUGAGCAGUUGGAGCUGGUCUCUGGCAGCAUCGGGGUGCUGAAGAACAUGUCCCAGCGCAUUGGAGGGGAGCUGGAGGAGCAGGCAGUUAUGUUGGAUGAUUUCUCUCACGAGUUGGAGAGCACUCAGUCUCGGCUGGACAAUGUGAUGAAGAAACUUGCAAAAGUAUCUCACAUGACCAGUGAUCGGCGCCAGUGGUGUGCCAUAGCCAUCCUCUUCGCGGUCCUGCUGCUCGUGCUGAUCCUCUUCCUAGUGCUGUGAGGGGUGACGUUCCUCCCACGCACAACACACAACGCACAGACCCGAGGGGAGCAGGAGAAGCAGCACGCCGACGUUGCCGUCUCCUCACGUUCCUCUCCGGAAAACAGCCCGCACUGACUUUCCUCUUUGUGACCCCACAAUUGAGACAGCUCCUCCGUCCCCACGCUGCAAGGGCCGUGGGAAGAGGAAGUGGACGACUGCACGCGCCUGGCGCCGCCUGUCCUGUUCUGAGGACAACGGGCCACUGCUUUGCCUCCCUGGACUUCAUUCCCCCUGGAGGGCCUCUGAGGAAUCCAGAAAAAUUCGCAGACUCAGUGUUGGCCGUUGCUCAUUCCCUCCAUCUUUGGCAGCUCUUUUCUCCUGCUCAGCCCCUUCCGCUGCUCGGCACGCCGCUGUUCAUCCAAAAGAACCCUGUCAGGAAUGUGGCUCCGGGUAGGUUUCCUUUCCCACUGUGGUAGCAUUCCUGAGCCCCCGAGAGCUGGUUAUUAAUGGGGACAGAGGGCUCAGAAGCAGUUGGUGACAGAAAAUGGGGUGAUUCAUUUUUCAGGGAUAAGUGGUAGGAUAAAAUUGCUUUUCCAGGCACAUUUUUUUGUGGUAGGAAUAACUAACGGGAAAUAAUGAAAGGCGCUGGGCUUCGGGGAUGCUGACAACUCGUGGCUUGAAUUGAAGGGGGAAGGAAAGGGCAGCAGGACCUGAGUGCACUGCCAAGGGAAGGGCGGGCGAGGUCACGGAGGUCAGAGCCUUGCUGAAUUCCUGUUGCUAUCCUACAGCCUCCUCCCCAGAGGAGCAACUUGCAUUUUUAGGGUGACCCCUAAAUGUCUGGCUGCUGAGCAGCUCAGUGGCACCCUUGAAUGGAUUAAGACGGGGAUUAGCCUCAUGGACAGUUGUUUUAUCCCUGUGUCACUCUACAUUGAGGGAUGGGGUUGGGAGUGGUUAACACGUUGAUUACAUUUACUCGUUUACUGUAAUGACAAAAAAGGCUAGUUCUGGACCAGACUUUUCUCACCAUCACAAGGAUUGGUAGGUGAACUUGGUUCUGCUUUCCCAAGAUGACAACUCGAUCUGAUCAUCCAUUUGGAUGACUUAGCCAACCCAAAUUUAAAUGACAGACGCUUUAAUUGAGUUUUAGUAGCUGAAACUGCUGAGACACUAAACUUCAAGCUUCUGAUGACUUUAAAAUGCCUCCAGCGUACCUGUGUACAUAGGAUAUUUUUAUAACC